UAAUUGAUUUCAUUAAUAAUAAUGACCACUUUGUUUGAACCAUGUCAGAAAAAACCUGUAAACAAGUUUAUCCAAUAUUUUUAUCAAGGCAAUCUUAAUUUUUAUUUAUUGCCUAAAGACGUGGAAGAGAUGGAUUGGAACUGGCAGCAGGAAUUCUUAGAUGCAACAGUCAAUAGCAAAUUAAUGAAAGAGUAUCCUGCAAGCAGCAAGUUUGUGAGCUUGUUCCUAAAAAAAAUUAUUCAGCAUUUAGAACCAAAGCAGGAGGUCCAUGAUGGAUUCUAUGAACAUUUAUGUACAAGUAUGAAACACAUAGACAAAGAUGGUUAUAGUUACCGGCAUUAUUUGAUAGGAAAUGAUAUCAAUAAUGUUAUAACUACAAAAGAAACCAAGAAUAUGGUGGUCAAUGGUACAACAGGGUUGAAGACUUGGGAGGCUGCUUUAAUGUUAUCCGAUUGGGUGCUGUGCAACAAAAACUUUUUUUCUAAUAAACAUGUGUUGGAGUUGGGCUCCGGAGUAGGAUUCACUGGUAUUACAAUUGCUAAGUACUGCAAUACCAAAUCAAUGGUGCUUACCGACUGUCAUGAUGAUGUUUUAAAGACAAUAUGUGAUAACAUACAAAUAAAUUUUGCACAACUACAAAAACAGGAAGAAAAUAUUAUUACUUGGUUUAAAGAUCAUAAUAAAUCACUAGGUGUAACAACGCUGGACUGGAAUGCAAUUGAUGAUUUUAUGGAAGAUAUGGUACCAGAUAUUUUGAUUGGUGCAGAUAUAGUGUAUGACCCUUCAAUACUGCAACCAUUGUCCAAUGUUAUCCAUACCUUUUGUUCUAGAAAUAAGAAACUAGAAGUUUUUAUUGCAAGUGUUAUUAGAAAUGAAGAAACUUUCAAAGGCUUCUUAAAAGCUUUAAGUGAAAUGGAGCUAGAGUAUGAAACAAUUGAACUACCAAAGUGUGUUCAUAUUGAAUGGGAUGAAAAUAUAAAUAGGAGUUUAUUAAGAAUAAAUUCAAAAUCAAAACUCUGAGCUACUCGUCUUCUUAAAACUGUAACAUACGAGGGCAAUUUGGAGGAUCCAGGUUUAGAAAUAUUGUGCUACUUAUUUGUAAUUUUAUAUACU